AUGACACCGUCAAUAAGCGAUCUUCCUGCAUCACCAUGUAGUCAACCACAUCAUGAAACAACCACAGAUGACACAAUCGACACCGAAAUCUUAAUCGUCGGCGCGGGACCAGCAGGUGCUGCACUGGCAUGUUUCCUCGGUUCAUAUGGCCUCAAAGGAAUCAUGAUCAGUGCCGCUCCUGGCACAGCCAAUACUCCCAGAGCCCAUAUCACUAACAUGGCCGCCCUAGAAUGUCUCCGAGAUAUCGGACUCGAGCAGGAAAUCAACCAGGUCGCAUGCAGUGGUGACCAGCAUAUGGUUCAUACCAGAUGGUGUCACAGCAUGGCUGGUGAAGAAUAUGCUCGUAUUCAUUCUUGGGGCAAUGAUCCUAAGCGAAAGGGUGACUAUGAAACAGCCAGUCCUUGCUCUCCGGUUGAUCUUCCGCAGACUCUGCUGGAACCUAUUUUGGUCCGGCAUGCAAUUUUGAAAGGCUUCACUACUCGCUUUGAUACGACGCUUCUUUCUUUCAUUGAGGAUAAUGGGAUUAUUACCGCUACCGUCACCGAUAAUCUCUCCAGACAUGAGUAUCGAAUUCGAACCAGGUACCUCUUUGGUGCCGAUGGAGCCCGCAGCCAAAUCGUCAAACAACUCAACCUUCCCUUGGCAGUAAAGCCAGGCCAGGGACUUGCAAUAAACGUUCUCGUCAGAGCUGAUCUGUCGCACCUCGUUGAGCAUCGCAAGGGCAACCUGCACUGGAUUAUGCAGCCGGAUCGCAAACACCCGGAUUUUGGUUGGAUGGCGAUUGUGCGGAUGGUCAAACCGUGGAAUGAGUGGAUGUUCAUCCUGUUCCCAACGAAAGAUUUUGACCCCCGAGCGAAUCCGUCGAGGGAGAAGUAUCUUCAGCGGGUGCGCGAGUUUAUCGGGGAUGAAACGCCAGUGGAGAUUGUUGAUAUAUCAAAGUGGAGUAUCAAUGAGAUCGUCGCGGAAGAGUACUCGCGUGGGAAUGUAUUCUGCCUUGGUGAUGCUGUCCAUCGCCACCCACCAUUAAACGGCCUAGGCUCAAAUACCUGCAUCCAAGAUGCAUUCAACGUCGCCUGGAAGAUCGCUUACGUUCACCAAGGCCUCGCGUCUCCAACCCUCUUGGCAAGCUAUUCAACGGAACGGCAACCCGUCGGUCACUCCAUCGUCACGCGCGCAAACCAGGCAUUUCGUGAUCACGCAGACAUCUGGGAUGCAUUGGGAAUGCUGAACGAAGAUGUCGAGAGCCGGAGAGCAGCGCUCGAAGAGCUAUCUGCGGUGACUCGAAACGGACAGAAACGACGUCGUGCUCUGCAAGAAGCUAUUUCGCAUACGUGCCAUGAGUUCCAUGGAUUGGGUGUUGAGAUGAACCAGCAUUAUUCAGGGUCGGGAAUUUACGAUGCGGACGAAUCAAUGCCCUAUGCUCUGCGUGGUAAAGCCGCCAAAGAUCCCGUUUUGUACCACGAGCCCAGUACAUAUCCGGGUUGCCGGCUGCCACAUGUUUGGCUCCAUAAGACUGUUCCAGGGAAACCGGUUUCUACGAUUGACUUAGCGGGGCAUAGGACAUUUACUCUUUUCACUGGCGUGGGAGGCGAGUCCUGGAAGAUAGCUGCGGAGUCUGUUUCAAAGGAAUUGAAGGUUCCGCUAAAAGCGUGCUCGAUUGGGUUCCGGCAAGACUGGGAGGAUAUGUAUUAUGGUUGGGAACGGGUAAGGGGAGUGGGUGAGUCUGGGGCUGUGUUGAUAAGGCCGGAUCGCUUUGUAGCUUGGAGGGCGUCUGCGGCGUUGGAGAAUGCAGAGAUGUGUGAAAGAAAAUUGGGUGAGGUUUCGAGAUCGAUUUUAGGUUAUUGA